AAUAAGAAAAGAUGAAAGGACCAAUGGCUAUAGCCAUGUUAGCCAUGAUAGUCAUGGGUCUAGUCAUGGUGUACCCAAGUGAAGCCAUUGGUUGCAAUGAUCUUAUUGGCAUGCUCUCACCAUGCAUAGGCUACCUAACAUCAGGUGGUUCACUCACAAAGAGCUGUUGUGAUGGAAGCAAGAGGGUUCUAGCCGCUACUCGGAGCCGAGCGGAUAAGCGAACGGCUUGUAUUUGUUUUAAGAGCGCGGCUCUCCGGCUAAAGGUCAGGCACGACCUUGCCGGAAGCCUUCCGGGAAAGUGUGGCAUCGUCUCCCCCGUUCCAAUCAGACCUGACAUCAACUGCAACUCUAUUCCUUGAGGUGGUGUGACGAGUUGCCGGAUACUAAUAAACAAUGACAGGAGGCGUGUGGCGGCGAGGUGGUGUUUCGCCGCCGGAAUAAAUACAUGUAUUUUCUUUUUUAUGUGUUAUAUAGAGUAUGGUAUUGUGUAUUGUGUGUAGUAUGUACUAUAUAUAUGGUUCGGCCAGCGUCCAUGGCUUCUAUGGACUUUGGCAUAAAUAUAUAUACAUAUCUAUCCAAAUAAAA